UAUAAAGAGAGCACAGCAAUAUCUUUCUCUCUUCAAUCGCUGAUAAACAGUCCUCGAACAAGGAUCGGAGAGCUUUUUUUUUGAUGAUUGGUACACUUUAAAGUAACUGCAGAAUGAUGACCUCUGACACGAUACCCAUGACGUCGCACAUGCACGGCUAUCCUCAUGAAGAGGCAUGUCAACAAUCCCCCUAUCUUACACAAUUGAAGGGGACAGCCAUCAUACAGCUGAUAGGAGGAUGUUUCCUAGUUACCAUGGGUACAUUGGCCAUCGUCAUGUUGGCCUUUUGGUCCUACUUUGGUGCAGCCAUCUGGAGCGGAAUACUGGUAUUCGGUGUAAUUGGAGUAGUUGGGAUGUCGGCAGCUUCUACCGGAAACAAAUGUUUGAUCCGGACCUAUCUCGGCUUGUCCAUUGUUGGCUGCCUUGCGGGGUUAACACUCUGUGCAAUGCAUAUCUUUGCUGCCAUUUCUGAGGACAGUAAUAGCGAUGAUUACUGGGGAUGCCAGCCCGGCAAAAUAUUUUCCUGGAUUUUCAACUGCGCUAAAUCACAGGCCGCGAGGCAGGUGGUUGACGUCCUCAUAGCGACUAUUGCGUUGGUCCUCUCAAUUUCAUGCAUCGUCUCGGCAUCGUUUGGGUGCGCUGCUUCUUGCAAGGGGUGUGCCAGCUGCUGUAAGAGAUGUGGCUGCGAAGAGGAAGGUUGCUGUCAAGGCUGUGCUUUACCGCCUGAGCCUGCCAAGCCCCAAAGAACAUCAUGGAACAAGGAAGUUCAUCAACAAGCCAGAAUCCAACAAGGCCACUCCCCCUCCAUGACACCGGCGCCUUUAUCCACCAAUCAGGAAGCAGCGUCUUACAUCGUGACGACUGCAGUCGAUCAGGCCCCACCUCCAUCCCAACCAGUUCUAGGAAACGCCCAGCUUUCACCCGUCGAGCAACCACAUGACGCGAAGAAUUAAUAGAAUACAGACACGCCCCCUUCCACCGCCACACGGUGCAUGGAGUGGGAAUUAUAAUGUAACAAGUUGCAAUAGACAUUGUAGACCAGGGGGGUGUUUCACAAAGAUCCUCAGUUGAACUUAUCUCUAA